CUACAAUAACACUUCCGGUUUCUGUUCCGGCGCGUCAGCUUUACCAUUCGUAGCACCGAAAACCUUAACAUUUGACAGUUAAUUAUAGUAUUUAAGAAUUUGUGUCAUACUUUGUUUUUAUAUGCCAGGUGUUGUUUUAGUGUUCAAAUAUGUCGUCGCUCAUUGGCACUGUUGACGAGGACUGCAACGGAAAAGAUACAGAGGAUCAGGAUCCACGCGUGCUCAUCCCACAACUCUGCAGACUAUUUUAUGAACUGGGAUGGGUGACUGGUACAGGGGGAGGAAUAAGCCUGCGGCAUGGUGAGCACAUUUAUAUAGCCCCCUCUGGUGUUCAGAAGGAGAGAAUACAGCCGGAAGACUUAUUUGUGUGUGACAUAGAUGAGAAGGAUAUCAGCUGUCCACCUCCGCAUAAGAAGUUUAAGAAAAGCCAAUGCACACCCCUCUUCAUGAAUGCCUACACAAUGAGAGGAGCUAAGGCUGUUAUCCAUACACACUCAAAGGCUGCGGUCAUGGCAACACUUAUGUUUCCUGGCAAGGAAUUUCGCAUCACACAUCAGGAAAUGAUAAAGGGGAUUCGAAAAGGAAACUCAGGCACAAACUACAGGUAUGAUGACACUUUAGUUGUUCCUAUUAUUGAGAACACACCUGAGGAGAAGGACCUGAAAGAGCGCAUGGCCCGAGCCAUGGAGAUGUACCCAGACUCCUGCGCUGUCCUUGUCCGCAGACACGGGGUCUACGUUUGGGGAGAGACCUGGGAGAAAGCAAAAACCAUGUGUGAGUGUUAUGACUACCUAUUUGACAUAGCAAUUAAAAUGAAACAAUGUGGCCUGGACCCUUCGGCUCCUCCCACUGAAGCUGAAGGCAUUGUUUGACACACAAAUCACUGUGAAAAUCAGAAAGCACUGUGUUACCAAUUAUGAUUGGGAAACAUAUAAGUUUCCAGUACAAACAACCACAUCUGGACACAGACCUAUCAAACAACAUGUAUACUGUAGUGCUGCUAUGUGCAGAUACAUGUAAGGGGUAAUGUUCUGUUAUCAUGUAUUAUAUGUACUAUUUUUUAUGCUGAGGGCUUAUUGCACCAUAUUUUUUGAAAAUGUGGGGUUUAGUGUGUGAUUAAAAUAAAACAUUUGCAAAGCAUUGGAGCUUUGAGAGCUUUACAACAAUACAAUAUAUUUUGUUUAAUUUUAAACAAUGUCAGUAACCUGCUAAUAUAACACGUUCCCAUUAAAACCACCUGGAAUUGCAAACAUG